AUGUCGCAGGAUAAUAGAUAGCCUAAUAUAUAAAACUAGUUAAAGACCAUUUUAAAUGGCAUUAUUUAUGAUUCAAUUUCUAAAACUUUCUUUUCUCCUCUUGAAGUUGUAAGGAUGAGACUUUAAAAUCAAAAUGAAAUGAUUAAAUAAGGAUAUUUAUAGCAAAGAUACAAUGGAAUUAUUAACUGCUCUAAAAGGGUAGUGCAAGAAGAAGGUUUAAAAGCAUUGUGGAAGGGUAAUUUCACUCAUAUAUUGAUUAAUUUAACAAGCAAUACCUUGAGUUUUCCUAUUAACAGUCUAAUAAAAAAAAUAAUUAAUCCAAAGAGAGAAGAUGGAUAAAAAAUGUGGAUUGCUUCUAACUUGGCUGCAGGUCUCUUAGCUGGCUUUCUCUCAAGCAUUUUUUCAUACCCACUUGACUAUGCUAGAACCAAGCUUACAAAUGAUUUCAAUUCUCCUAAAUUUGGAAACUAGAAGUAGUAUAAUGGAUUGAUAGAUGUAUUUAGAAAGACUUUAGCGAGUGAUGGGAUAGUAGGCUUCUAUAGAGGUUAUAUUAUUUCUAAUUUUGGAAUCAUCAUUUACAGGGCAGUUUAUUUUGGUCUUCAUGGUUCAUUUAGGCACUUGGUACCAUAAUAAAAUGUAUUUGCUCAAUUUGGCUACAGCUGGACAGUCACCACUACAGCAGGUAUGGUUUCAUAUACAGUAGAUACAGUUAAAAGGAGAAUGAUGAUGACCUCUGGGCAACCAGUCAAAUAUAGAGGAUCUAUUGAUUGUUUUAGGUAUAUAAUAAAGAAUGAAGGAUUUAAACAUUUAUUUAAUGGAUUUAGUCUCACAUUAAUAAAAUCUAUAACAAGUGCAGGUCUUUUAGUUAUUUACGAUUAAUUUUAAUGA